GGCACUGCCAGUGACGCCCGCCCGCCCGCCUGCCUCGCCGCAGCCCGCCCCGUAGAAGCGGCCACCGGGUCAGCCAAGUGCCCAAGUGGCCGGUGGCCGCCUCGUCCUCGUCCUCGUGACCUCGUCGGCUCGUCCCCGUCCCGUCCCGCGCCGCCCGACCGCCCGCGCUGCGCCGCCCCGCACCAACAUUCCCCUCGGGAACCGCGGCGCCCGAUUCCGCGCCGCGAUUAGAAAAGGAAGAACAGAAGGAGCAACCGCUUCCUGGUUUCGCUUCUCCAGCCCGCCCGCCCGCAUCGCGAGGAACCGAACCGGCGCGGCGACCGCGGGAAACUCCGGUAUUAAAUUUCUAGAACAUCGAAAGGGAUACUGAAAUGGGUGCCAAAGAGAAAGGGGAAGAGAGAGAUGAUCAUUCAACCGAUGUGGAAAGAGAUGGUAAACAAGGGAAAGAAGCUGAAUCAGACUAUGAGCCAGGUAGAGAUUCCCUUUCAUCUCAAGGUGAAGCUACCAGUAAUGAAGAUACUAAAGCAAAGAGAGUUUCAAGGGUUCCAAAGAAGCUAGCGAAGAAAGAGUCGAAAGAAAACAGCCCACGCUCGGCAAGGAGUAUUUCCAGUCGUCAAAUCCACACUAAGCUGCAAUAUAUAUCGUCAAAUAAUCCUCAGAACAAAUCUCCAAAAACAAACAAAAUGGCUAAUGGUGCUAGAACAGUAGAGGUGAAGAAGACAGAAGCUGUGAAAGUUCCUUCUUGUUCGUCAUCUGAGGUGUCUGAGGAAACAGAGGAAAAAGCUAUUGAGGAUAGACCUACAGAUGAUAAAACAGUUGAUGGAGGAGCCAAGGAUGGUAAAGCCAUUGAAGGCAGAGCCGCAGAUGAAGUCAUUGAGGGCAGAAACAAGGACGAUAAGGCCAUUGACGCAAUGAAGGAUGAUAAGGCCAUUGAGGAUGGAACCAAGGAUGAUAAAGCCAUUGAGGACGAAACCAAGGAAGAUAAGGCCGUUGAGGAUGGAACGGAGGAUGAUAAAGCUGUUGAGGAUGGAACGAAGGAUGAUAUGGAUAUUGAAGAUGGAAAGGAUGGUAAGGCCAUUGAAGGCAAAGUAACUGAUGAUAAUGUCAUCGAUGGCAGAGAGGCGGAUGGUAAAGCUACUGAAGAGGCAAAGGAGAUCGAUAUAUUGGAUGAAGCUCCAAAAUGUGAUCAGAGUACUAGUACUGAUGAUGAAAUUGCUGAUACUGAAGAAAACAUAGUUCAUAAUGGUCAAUCAGUUUCUUAUGAAAAGAAUGAGGAAUUAGAUUCAAAAAUUGAGAAGUUAGAGCAGGAGCUGCGUGAAGUUGCUGCACUUGAGGUUUCUCUCUAUUCUGUGGUGCCAGAGCAUGGUUGUUCAUCACAUAAGUUGCACACACCAGCUCGCUGUCUGUCUAGGUUCUAUAUUCAUGCAUCAAAAUUUUGGUCCUCAGAUAAGAAAGCUUCGGUUGCAAAAAAUUCUGUUUCUGGGCUUGUGCUUGUUGCAAAGUCUUGUGGCAAUGAUGUUUCAAGGUUGACAUUCUGGCUAUCAAACACAGCUGUGCUAAGAGAAAUCAUUGCACAGACCUUUGGUACUUCACGACAAUCAGGUCCAAUUAUGAAGUCUUUUAGCACAAAUGGUAAUGCAAAGAAGCCUGACGGGAAUUUCGCUCCUAUGCGAUGGAAAAGUAGCUCCAAUGGCAAGCAUGCUAGACCCAAUAUUAUGCAGCUGCCAGAUGAUUGGCGGGAAACUGGCACACUCUUGUCAGCAUUGGAGAAGAUUGAAACUUGGAUCUUUUCUCGGAUUGUUGAGUCUGUGUGGUGGCAGGCAAUGACACCCCACAUGCAAACCCCAGUGGAAGAUUUGUCGACUCCGAAGAUCGGCAGGUUGUUAGGGCCUUCUUUGGGUGAUCAGCAACAUGGAAAUUUUUCUAUUGAUCUCUGGAAAACUGCAUUUCGUGAUGCCUUCAGCAGAAUCUGUCCUCUUCGUGCUAGUGGACAUGAGUGCGGCUGUUUACCAGUACUGGCAAAAUUGGUGAUGGAGCAUUGCGUAGCCCGUUUAGAUGUUGCUAUGUUCAACGCCAUCCUUCGUGAAUCAGCGAACGAAAUACCGUCUGAUCCUAUAUCUGACCCAAUCGUGGACUCAAGAGUUCUGCCUAUUCCAGCUGGGGACUUAAGCUUUGGAUCAGGCGCUCAGCUGAAGAACUCUGUUGGGAAUUGGUCCAGAUGGUUGACAGACACAUUUGGCAUGGAUGGAACUGGAGCUGAAAAGGAUGGUCAAGAUGCGGAACAUAAUGGUGAUGACCGAAGAGAUGCAGCUGAAACAAAUUGCUUUAAGCUACUCAGUGAGCUAAGUGAUCUUCUGAUGCUUCCUAAGGACAUGCUUCUUGAGAAAUCCAUCAGGAAAGAGGUCUGCCCUUCCAUUGGCCUUCCACUGGUAACAAGAAUACUGUGCAACUUCACUCCUGACGAGUUCUGCCCCGAUCCUGUCCCUGGCAUGGUUCUGGAGGAGCUGAAUUCCGAGAGCCUGAUGGAGCGGUUCACGGAGAGAGAGGUGAUCAGCACAUUCCCAGUCGCCGCUGCUCCUGUGGUGUACCGCCCCCCUUCGCUGGAGGACGUCGCGGAGAAAGUGGCGGACACCGGCCGCGGCGACCCGGAACUGCUGGACCGGAGGGGCUCGAUGGUGCAGAGGAGAGGGUACACCAGCGACGACGACGACCUGGACGACCUCGACUCCCCCCUGGCGUCCCUGUACGACAGGAGCGCCCCACCCUCGCCGUGCAGCGACGGCGCCGCGCAUUUCAGCACCCGGCGGCAGGGAGCCUCCAUGGCCAAUGCCAGAUACGAGCUCCUCCGAGAAGUGUGGUCGGAGCGGCGGUGAUCAAGGACAGCCCGUGGAGCCGCUUUGGUAUCUGCGUUGUAGAAAUGGCGUAAAGAACAAACAGCUUAUUGAAAAGCGAUGACAAAAUGCUAUUCAUUUGUUCUUGUAUAUUCGUUCUUGUGUGAGCCCGUUCACUGUUUUUUUCUUUGUGUACCUAGCAUACAUGAAAUUCGUUCAUUAUUUCCCGUUGUAUGAUGUAGUGCAUUUGUAUUC